AUAAAUGUCAGCAAUCGGUAACGAAUAGUCAUGGUACCUAUUCUUGUUGUUGGUAUUGAUUUUGGAACAACAUACUCCGGAUGGGCGUAUUUGUUAAGAAGUGCAUUUGUUGACAACCCAACAAAGGUCAUAGUGAGGAAUUGGAAUGGAGAUCAGCUGAUGUCAUCGAAAGCACCAACGUGUCUUCUGAUCGAACCCGAUGGAGAGACAUUCUCAGCGUUUGGAUAUGACGCUGAAAACAAGUACAUCAGUCUGGUUGAAGAUGGGGAACAUGACAAAUGGUAUUUUUUCAAAAGAUUCAAGAUGCAGCUUUACAAUACGGAUAUAAAAAGAGACAUGGAAAUUAAAGAUGAAACUGGAAAGAAACUAAAAGCAAAUAUUGUGUUCUCUGUUGCAAUAAGAUUUCUUAAAGACGACCUGUUACAAGUCAUUGAAGACCGACUCAAGGGAGACUUAAAACCAGAGGAUAUCAGUUGGGUUUUGACAGUUCCAGCGAUUUGGGAUGAUAGUGCCAGACAGAUUAUGAGGGAGGCUGCUGAAAGUGCUGGUAUUUCUUCCGACAAACUUAUCAUAGCUUUGGAACCAGAGGCUGCAGCCAUUUACUGUCGAUUUUUACCGAUGGAAAUAAGUGGCCAAGGUGGCUCACUGUCUACCCUCGAAACAGGGAGCAAAGUCCUUGUUGUUGAUGCAGGAGGCGGUACGGUCGAUAUUGCUGUCCAAGAGGUAGCAGGAAGCGGUUCGAUGAAGAACAUUUACAAAGCCAGUGGAGGAGACUGGGGCGGUACGAAGGUAGACGAUGCUUAUGUCACGUUUGUAGCAGACAUAAUAGGAAAGGACACGAUUGAAGAAUUUAAAAGAUCUCAUAUGGACGAUUACGUAUACAUGAUUCGCGACUUCGAAAUGAAAAAGCGCGGCUUUGAUCCACUGAAAAUUAAUAAAUCAGUGAUAUUCAGAAUUUCAGCAACGUUACCACACAUAGUGAAGGAAAGUAAGGGCAAGGAGAUACACGACCUUAUAACUGACUCUCCAUUUAAAAGCACGGUAUCAAUAACAGCCGACAAAUUGAGAGUCGAUAAGAAUGUAGUUAAAAACCUUAUAGAGAACCAAGCUGAUGCUAUAGUUGACCACGUUUCCAGUCUACUUGACCAGUCGACCAAAGAUGAUAUAGGAACCAUUGUUUUAGUUGGCGGAUUUAACACAUGUCAAUUACUCCAGCAAGCUAUGAAGACGAAGUUUGAUAAGCACAAAAUUAUCAUCCCAACUGAUCCAGACCUUGCAGUUUUAAAGGGGGCCGUGAUAUUUGGACAUAAACCAGAGCUGAUUUCUCAGCGAGUGAGCAAAUAUUCGUAUGGCGUAAACGUAAGGGCGGUAUUCAUUAAAAAAUUUCACAGAGAAACUUAUAAAGUAAAAGACGAAGAUGGGGGUGAUCGCUGCGAAAAUGUCUUUGAUAAACAUAUCACAGCUGGACAAUGCCUUACUGUUGGAGAAGAACAGGUUAGCAUGUACUACAGUAUAGCAACUUCAAGUCAAACCACUGGACCCAUUCGUGUUUAUUACACACUUGAUCCUGACCCGAUGUACGUUACGGACGGAGGUUGCCAUCUUGCAGGCACACUCAACGUGCCAUUAGAAGGACGCGGAACUAACCGAACUAUUAAAGCGCGAUUGAUUUACGGAGGGACAGAGAUAGAUGUCGAGGCUACUGAGGUCGCUACAGGGAAAGUGCAUCGACUGAAAAUUGAUUUCUUGAGCUAA